AUGCCACGAACAAUUCCGCUUGCAAGCUAUCUCUUUAAACGUCUACGUCAAUACGGCGUCAACCACUUGUUCGGCGUCCCCGGAGACUUCACGUUGAAAGCUUUGGACCACGCAAAAACAUCCGGCGUCAAAUGGGUAGGUAAUUGCAACGAGCUCAACGCUGGCUUCGCAGCUGAUGGCUAUGCACGCACAAAAGGAUUAGGAGCUCUUUUCACCACUUAUGGCGUCGGCGAGCUCUCAGCUAUCAACGCUGUGGCCGGUUCGUACGCUGAGCAUGUCCCUGUCAUUCACAUAGCAGGUCUUCCUCAGAGACAGCACAUGAUUCAGAAACAGCACACGAGAGCAGGCGAUAUCGUGCAUCAUAGCUUGGGCGAUCGAAAGAACACCGUGUUUCGUGACAUGUACAAGAACGUUACAGUGGCUCAAGCUUUUCUGACGAACAAGGAUACUGCUCCCGAGCAGAUUGACAACGCUAUACGGUAUGCUCUGACGCAAUGUCGUCCUUCGUACAUCGGUCUACCGUGCGAUAUGGUCAACCGAGAAGUCAACGCGGAGGGACUCGACCUUGACAUAACAAGGAACCUACAGGACACGGGGUCAUCCCAAGAACAGUCAGAUAUAACAGGUGAAGGCUUGGUCGAAAUCAUUUCUCAAUAUCUUGAAGAGGCACAGCGACCACUAUUACUCGUGGACCGCAGUAUGGGUAUGGAUCAGCUCCGCCAAGAGCUGAAUGAUUUUGUUGUAAGCUCAGGGAUACCAACACUCACUAUGCCCUCAGGUGCUAGCAUGAUUGAUCAUCAUAUUCCAAACUACUAUGGCGUGCAUGCUGGCCCUGUAGGCCAGAUAGACACGAUGCCUCUUGUGGAUGAUGCCGACCUAGUCUUAGCAUUUGGCCCCAUGUUUGCUGACACCCAGACACUGGGCUGGACCGUGGUACCAGAUCCAACGAAGACAAUAAUCAUAGGCAAACAAAAGACCUGGUUGUUUGGCGAGAGAGAGCCUGGUCAAGUAGACGCUCGUGAGCUACUUCGAGCUUUGACCUCAAAUGCUAAGAACAAGAAAUCCCUCUCGUCAACGCAUAAACAUCCUCCCAUCUCAGAUUUCCGCACGGUCACAGCUCCAGCUUACCAAAAUCAGAAAGACAGCAUUGACCAAUCCGGCCUCUAUCUUCGUCUCAACCAAUACCUCCGUCCACACGACAUCAUCUUGCUCGGCAAUGCUACUCCGAUCCUCGGAGGUAGAGAUUUCGUCCUCCCAGACUCUUCCUGUCGAGUCAUCGUCAGUGGGUUAUGGUUCUCAAUAGGUUCUACUCUUCCCACAGCACUAGGUGCUGGCAUGGCUCAACAAGCUAACCACAAUGAUACCAACGCACAAUCCCCAAAAGGCAGAGUCGUAGUCCUCGAAGGAGACGGAUCAUUCCAAGUCACAGCUCAAGAGCUCAGCACAAUCAUACAUCAUCGCCUCAACAUGACAAUUUUUCUCAUCAACAACGACGGAUACGCCUACGAACGUCUAAUUCAUAACCCCGAUGCGGACUAUCACGACGUCGCGCCAUGGAUCUACAGUUUACUACCAAGAGCAUUUGGUGCACGAGAAGCGAUUCGAAAAGCUUGCAGCCUGGGGCAAGACUAUUCUGUCGAUGUCAUAACACUUAGGACUUGGACAGACCUCGAAGACUUCUUGAAAGACGAGAGGUUCGAUAAUGGGUCCGGCGGUGUGGGCAAGCCUGGACUGAAGCUUGUGGAAAUCAAGUUGGAGAAGACGGAUGUGCCGGAGAAGUUUAAGAAGGUCUUUGAGAGUGCAGGGCAGAGGCUUGGCUGA